AUGCACAGUAUCCAUGAAAAAAUGACUGGGCCAGCCGGCAUUGUGGUAAUCGGCUGUAUAAAUUCCGACAUUGUGGCUUUCGUCUCACAUCUCCCCCACGCCGGUGAAACGGUGUUCUCCAGCCCGCUAGAGGUGCAUUUUGGAGGGAAAGGAGCCAACCAGGCUGCACAGGUUGCCCUUCUCUUGCAAAGUCGCAGUACAAAAAAAGGGCAAGAGGGCCACCAGUGUGCAUUGGGUGAUGCAAAACAAGUUUAUCCAGGUCAACCAUUCGGGCAUGAGGACGCAGAUGCACACGACCCAACUACUACACGAGGCAAUACAACAAGCACGUGUGGUGUCGCGAUGGUCGGAAGAGUUGGCAGAGACACUGAGGGCUCGAGCUUUUUGCGUCAUUUUUCCUCUCUUGAUAUUGAUACACGAGGCGUGUCUGUCGACUCGCACACUCGCACGGGCACUGCUUUGGUCACGGUAGCCAAGGGUGGCGAGAAUACCAUUGCGUAUGUGCCUGGAGCCAACGCAUUCAUGAGCAAGGAGCAUCUCGCGGAGCAGCCCGUGCUAUCGUUGCUGCAGGAGGCAAAGGUGGUAGUUUCGGAGAACGGGAUUCCAGGAGAGGCUUCAGUAGAAGCUUUUCGCAUUGCCAAGGGGGCUAAUGCGCACGUAUUAACCGUAUUCACUCCAGCUCCAGUUGACCGCAUCAAUGCGGCGAUCUGCUGCUUCACAGAUUUCCUCCUUUGCAACAGUGUCGAAGCUCAAGCACUCCUAAAACUGUGGGGUGACACAACUGAUCUCAGCGAACCAACAAAUGAAAUGGACAUGGCACGCCUCUUGCAUGAACGCAUGCUGUAUACGGCUUCCCAAUUUGCUCAUGGAGCACGGGGCCUCGCUAAUGUCAUCAUCACGCGGGGGGCUAACCCAUGCGUCGUUUUCGCAAACGGGAAGGCUAUGCAAGUGCCGGUGGCACAGCACGUUCCUAGUGAACUUGUGGUAGACACAACGGGUGCGGGUGAUGCUUUCGCUGGAGCCUUCGCCUACUUUUUGCUACUGUCACCGAAGUCCCCGGAAUUGGCUGUGUCGCGUGCAACAUACGUGGCGGCGCAGUCGGUGACAAAAAACGGCGCAGCUGAAAGCUACGCUGGAAGAGGUGAUCUUCCUGAGCAUCUCUUCCGGAACGAUUAA